UAGCGACUGUCGAGCAACCCCGUGUUAAAACGAAAUCAUUCAAAAACAAUGGAGCGAUGAAAAUAUGUAACGCUUGAACCAAACAAUUUUUCAAUUUGUAAAGAACUGAAGAAAAAAAAGCGAUCCACAAUGAUGUCAGAAUGCGAAGCAAACGAGACCGAGCCGGUGGUGGCGGCUGACAUACCCCCGGUAGCCUCCGCUGCUGCUACCACGGAUCUCAACUUUCGGUCAGAGGAUCCGCUGUCGACGUUGUUCGAUAGGAACACAGUCGGGUCUGGGUCUAACCCGGGGGUCGCGGUUCGGAUGUCGGGUUCGUGUGAAAGCGUUCUUACCGAAUUGGAGACGGACGGUUCUGGGGAAGAGGCUCUGUUGUUGCCGUGUUUAUCCGGAGGCACGUCGUCACCUCGGGGCGAGAGGCAGAAGAGGACGAGGCGGAACCGACAGAGUUCAUCGUCGGAUAAAGAUAACCUUACCUCGCCAGGUAACAGUAGCGGAGACUUUAACCAUUUCCCCGGCGACCCAGAGUUUGGUGACAUCAUUCAGAGGGCGGAGCAGGCCAUCGAGGGCGGAGUCUUCCCAGAGAGAAUCUCUCAGGGUUCUAGCGGGAGUUACUUCGUUAAAGACUCCAAAGGGAAAAUCCUUGGCGUUUUCAAACCAAAGUCUGAAGAGCCUUAUGGUCACCUCAACCCUAAAUGGACCAAAUACUUUCACAAGCUGUGCUGUCCGUGUUGUUUUGGCCGUGGCUGCCUGAUCCCCAACCAGGGCUAUCUCUCGGAGGUUGCUGCCUCCCACGUCGAUACCAGGCUAGGACUGGGAGUGGUCCCCAAAACCAAGGCUGUGUAUCUGGUCAGUGAGACAUUUCACUACAACACCAUCGACAGGGCCAAGUCCAGAGGGAAGAAAUACGCCCUCGAGAUGGUUCCCAAAGUAGGACGACACUUCCACAGAGUGGGCCUGCCCCCCAAGCUUGGUUCGUUCCAGCUGUUCGUGGAAGGGUACCACGAGGCUGACUAUUGGUUGAGACGUUUUGAGGCGGAGCCUCUCCCAGAGAACAUCAGGAAACAGCUUCAGUCUCAGUUUGAGAGGCUGGUCAUUCUGGACUACGUCAUCAGAAACACAGACCGAGGGAAUGACAACUGGUUGAUCAAGUAUGAGAAGUCAGGGGAAGGAGAGGGAGAGAAGGCCAUCCAGAUAGCAGCUAUAGACAACGGCCUGGCCUUCCCCUUCAAACACCCUGACGAGUGGAGAGCCUACCCGUUCCAUUGGGCGUGUCUGCCCCAGGCUAAAGUACCCUUCUCCCAGGAGACCAGAGAGCUGGUGCUGUCCCGUCUGUCAGACAUGAACUUCGUUCAGGACCUCUGUGAAGACCUCUACGAAAUGUUUAUGGCAGAUAAAGGUUUUGACAAGACCAUGUUUGAAAAGCAGAUGUCAGUCAUGAGAGGACAGAUCCUAAACCUGAGCCAGGCGUUAAAGGAUAAUAAAACUCCCAUUCAGUUGGUCCAGAUGCCCAGAGUCGUGGUGGAGAGAAGCCGGACAGGAGGACAGGGGAGGGUGGUAACAUUAGGAACAGCUUUCACCCAGACCUUCCACUGCAAGAGACCUUUCUUCUCUUCCUGGUAGAGGGAGGGAUGGCUGAAGGAGCUGCUGCAGGGGUGGGUGGAGAGAUGAGGAGGGAGGGAAGAGAGGGAGCCUCCACUGCAAGAGACCUUUCUUCUCUUCCUGGUAGAGGGAGGGAUGGCUGAAGGAGCUGCUGCAGGGGUGGGUGGAGAGAUGAGGAGGGAGGGAAGAGAGGGAGCCUCCACUGCAAGAGACCUUUCUUCUCUUCCUGGUAGAGGGAGGGAUGGCUGAAGGAGCUGCUGCAGGGGUGGGUGGAGAGAUGAGGAGGGAGGGAAGAGAGGGAGCCUCCACUGCAAGAGACCUUUCUUCUCUUCCUGGUAGAGGGAGGGAUGGCUGAAGAGGGACUGAUUUGGAGUUGGACAUCACACGUCUGGGGAAACAUCCCAAAUGGCUCCCUAUUCCCUUUGUAGUGCCCUACAUUAGACCCUGGUCAAUAGGGUUAGUGCACUAUAAAGGGAAUAGUGUUCCAUUUGGGACGUAUGCUGAGUGUGUUGAGCUCAGAGGAGAACCCAGGACGUCCUAAAUGGAACUCUAUUCCCUAUACCGUCCUGCACUAUGUCUGACCAGAGGCCCCAUAGGGGAUAGUGCACUUAGGGGAAUAUAGUGCUAUUUGGGAUACACCGACAGUGUCUUCGGUUCUGCGCUACCGCCAAAAUCAUUUUAAUAUAAGCAUAAAGAAAAAGCUUUUUGAAGGAAUUAAAUGAUGUUAAAAA